CACGACGCUUCUGAAAAGACGCUUGUCAGUUCAACCUUGGAAGAUUAGCCCUGUUGCAGUUGUUUAAAAUGGGCAAAAAGAUAAAAUUAGCUGCUUUGGCAUUCCUAAUUGCAGUUAUUGCCUAUAUUUACCCAACAGCCAAGCAAAAAUACGUGAAACACGUAAAACCCAAAGUCGAAUUAGCUGUCGUGUUUGGAAAGAAGGUUGCGAAUCUAAAAAUCCUGGGAAAACCCGUUCCUUGGAAAUUCAUCUUGCCUGUCGCGGGCGUUUUGUUGGUUCUGCUGUAUGUCAGAGUAAGUGAUUUAUAAUUUUACUUUGAAAUAUUACACAUUUUUAUAUAAAAUGCUAUGCUGAAAUGUACAAUAAUACAGCUAUAGUUUUGUACAUAAAUGCGCCCAUUUGCUUGUGGUUGCAGGUCGCAUUCGAUAGAAUUUAAAUGCCUAAAUAUUUUCUCAAAUAUACUUUAAAAUUUUAUACUUUUAAGAAAGCAAAGAAAUCUAUUUUCUUGCCUAAGCAACUAAAUCACAAUUAUAAACAAACUUAUAUUUCAGCUUGAUGGUUUUGAUAAAUUUUUAUGACAGAUCAUUUAAAUGCUAAUAGUUUUAUAUAAUAAACAAGUUUAUAGACGCAUAUAAUGUGACAAUAUAAAGAUUCCAAUACGUAUAAUUGUUGCAAUUUUGCUAAUUGUGACAUUUUAGAGUAAUAAUUAAUACUAUAGAUUGCUUUAGAACCGUUUAAACCAAAAUUAAUAACGUUUUAUUUUGAUAUAAAAUUUAUCAAUUUAAUAUUUUCCUAUUAACUACUUAAUAUAUAAUAUAUGUAUAAAGACUACAAAUAAUUAAAUCGUGUGUUAUAAUAGUAUAUUUUAAAAUAAUGAAUUGGGUGUUUGAUAAACGAUAAUUUACAAGCUUUUAGGUUUGGCCCAGACAUAUUAACUAUUAAGGAAAGUGAUUCUAGCAGUAAUUCGUUAAUAAUUUAUAGGGCAAGCCUUAUGUGUGUUUGUCAUUUCUGUAUGUAAAACUGUUGUUUAUGUCUAAGGAUGAAAACUGCUUGAGUAUAAACGCUAGCUGUUAGCUUAUAGCUAAUCAGCAGGGCUUACACAUGGGAGCUGGGGCUUUCAAGCCUGUUUUCCACUUCAAUCGUAGCGUAUCAUAGCAUUUUCAUCAUUUUCACACUACCACUCAGGAAACAAAGAAAUAUGCCACAUUUCGGUAUGAUAUGCAAUUGAAGUGAAAAACUGGCUUUAUAUAUAUGAGGUAGGGGCUUAUAUACAGGGGAGGGGGCUAUAGCUUAUAUACGGACAAUGUUUGGUGUUAGUACUAAUAUUUAUUGUGCAAACUUACUGUGAAUGAAAAGAAAUAUAAACAUACAGUAUAUAUUCUAAAACAAGUUGGUUAACCCAUUAAGCGCCAGCGCUCUCCCCUUGACGAGUAAAAUCGUCUGGGGUUAGACAGAGUAAAAUACUAAAGUAGGGUGCAUCAGGGUGCAAUGCGACUCAAUGGGUUAACUAGACACAUGGGCAGAUAGGCCAGUUAACCCAUUAAGCACCAGCGCUCUCCCCUUGACGAGUAAAAUCGUCUGGCGUUAGGCAGAGUAAAAUACUAAAGUAGGGUGCAUCAGGGUGCAAUGCAACUCAAUGGGUUAACAUAUUAUAUAAUCUGUAACAUAAUUAUUGUCACUUGUCUGAGCUGUUGGAAUCCCAGUCACUGCGUUAAUCACCUAUCCAAUAAUAUGUCCAUUGGCUUGUACACGGACGAGCUUAUAUUUUCGGGAGGACCUAUAUUUGGAAUGGCCUAAUGAGUGUUAGUGAAUAUGGUGGGUAUAUAUAUGCACUCAGGGGCUUAUACUUGGGGGGAGGGGUGUUAUAUUUUUGGAGGUCUACAAUAUUCAUUUGUCUUUCCUGCAUGAUAAUAUGUUUAUUUGCCAUAAUAUUAUACUUGUCCAAUCAGAGAGCUAGGUUUGCACCAUGUAUAUGACCACCUUAUUUUUGAGUGAAUACCAUGCCCGGGAUAUAUGCCCGGGCAACUUGUACCCCGAGUCUUUUCUUCCAUACCUUCAGUAAAAAAUCUACAUUUUUAUUCAUUUUCAGAGGCGUAAGAAAAAGAUGCAAAAACAGAAGGAAGCCGAGGAGAAAAGAAAAGCGGAACUUGCAGCGCAAUAUAAAGCACUUGGGGGACCUGUACUGACACCCGAACAAGGUAUGUAUUAAAUAACUUUCUGGGGUUUGGACUUUCUGGGGUUUGGACUAAAAUUGUCCAUAAAUUUUUUUGAAUGGCUUAAUUAGCUAGGUUAGCCUGCUCGCAGAUGUUGUAUUUACAACAUCUGCGAGCAGGCUUUAUAGCUAGGCAGGCAACUGACCCUCUUGGGUAUUCAAAUUGGACACCAAGGUUUCGACAUCAUGAGGCAUCCAAAAUUUCACACCAGCUAAAAUAGUAUCCAUCACCAGGAUACUGCAAAUUUCGGACCUGGGGUUGUAUCCUGGGAUAAGUUAGUGCAGGGACAUAGCAACAGGCAUUAAGAUAAUAUCAAUCUUUGUAGACUGAGUAGACCAGACUAGAUUAUGAAUGAAUGAAUUUCAAUAUAAUGUUAAAAUUGUCCGUGCUUGGUUCUUGUCAUGUGGUAUGCAUCCUAUCACCCAGUACAUAUUCCUAAAUCAGUUAUUAAUUUGUUAUAUACUUGUGUUGUGUAUGACAUACACAUAAGUUAUUAACCACUAAAUUUUUUGACCAAAGCAAAAGUUUUAUGCAGUAUGCGCUCCCUGUUUCCAAAUGUUAAUUAAAAAUGUGGUGCGCCAGCUAGUUUAUUCUCAGCUGAUGAUACGAACAGAAAUGUUAAUUUGUGCCAUGUAAUGGGAGCAAGCUGUAACCACUCAGUUUGUUGAGUUAAUUAUUGUUUUGUAAGAACUUGUCCAAACUUGAACAUACCGUAUAAAAACAUGGCAUAUCGAAUGAUAACAACAGUUUAGAAUUUCACAAAAGGAUGCAUUAAUAUAUCACAUGGCAAAUGGCCAAGACACAUUAACUUAUAAUCCCCCUUAAUUAAUCUGGAUGCAUACCACUCUUUGACAGAAAACCAACCACCGGCAACCAUAACCCCAGUGACACCUACAGUGAUUCCAGUGCCAGCUCCAGUCGUGACACCUGUUGUUACCCCUGUACCAACGGACAAUGAGAGUGGCGACAUAGGUGCCCGCAUCCAAACAUUUUGCGAAUGGUCCUCAACUAAUACCGUCAACAUAUUUGCCUUGGCACGGGCCGGGUUUCAGUACACCGGCCGAGGGGAUGUCGUUGAAUGUUUUAAAUGUAAAGGCACUCUUAAGGAAUGGGUACAAGACGACGACCCGUUAUCCUCGCAUAACCAAUAUUACCCCAGCUGCGACUUUGUUAAGAAGCGAUUAGCCGAGGUUGAUAUAGAAAAAUUAUCGUGUGGGAAACGAAUUACCGACUUGUUGGCUGCAACUGUCUCUUGUGUGAACAGACUCAAGGAAGUUCAAAAAUUGAGUGUUUCAGGUGGAAGCUCAGGUAUAAAUGGGCCAUUUUUUGGUUAGAUGCUCAUGUAUCGUUUCCUAGGGUUGUCUGUGCCUUCCUCCCUUUGCAUUUCAUGAAAAUGUUUCAAUGAAAUCAUAUUUUUAUCAGUGGGAAGUGAUUGUUUUGAUGAAAGAAAUGGUUUUGGACAAUUUUCAGAAAGUUUGGUGGGUGAAUGUUUUUCAAAAAUUCCAUGUGGUCCCCCCUUUGUUCACCCUAUGCUUGCCUGUGGUCCCCCCUUUGUUCACCCUAUGCUUGCCUGUGGUCCCCCCUUUGUUCACCCUAUGCUUGCCUGUGGUCCCCCCUUUGUUCACCCUAUGCUUGCCUGUGGGUCCCCCCUUUGUUUACCCUAUGCUUGCCUGUGGUCCCCCCUUUGUUCACCCUAUGCUUGCCUGUGGUCCCCCCUUUGUUCACCCUAUGCUUGCCUGUGGUCCCCCCUUUGUUCACCCUAUGCUUGCCUGUGGGUCCCCCCUUUGCAUUUGACCAAACGUUUUCAAAACAUUUUAUCACUCGAAAGUGAUAGUUUUGAUGAAAGAAAUGGGUUUUGACAAUUCUUAGAAAGUUUCGAGUCAGUUGAGGCAGUUUUUGAAUUUUUCAGAAAUUUCCUGUAGCCCCUCUUGGCUCCGAGAAGUAUUAAUGAAAUAUCGCACGCGUGUUUGGUGAAAAAUAUAUACUACUUUACCGUGAGUGCGUAACAAGAUCGGUAAUAUCAGACAAUCACAAGUGUGAUUUUUCAUUAAUACUUCAAGAACAGGUGUAAUAAUUCUUAUUAAUAUCAUUUUAUACUCAAUUGUACGAACAAUCAAUGACAAUUAAAAAAGAUUGCAUUGAUGUUUACACAGAGUCAGCUCCCUCAAACAUAUAAUUUUGACAAACUUUUUAAACAUAUGCAAAAUUAUAAAAAAUACCCAUUGUCAUAGACCUACUCGAAAAACACCUGCCUUCGUUUAAGAAUUAUGCGCCGAGUCAACUGCUAUAUUCAUUUAAAAUGUUCCUGAACAUUCAAUUAUUGAUAAGAUUUAAAUCUUAAAAUUGAAAUUUUCGUGUACGGAACGAUCUGAAACAUAUCAUGCAACAUGGAAAAAUCACUCGAUGAAGGAAUAGGGCUUUUGGUCACUGAACUAACCUACGAACUCGUUCAAAGUAAGGCUUUUUAGUAAAAUUAUUUCGAUAAUUUUGCAAUGUCAAAAUUGUUAUUGUAAUGAGGGGCAUAUAUAAUAUUGUUGUAUAAUGAAGCCGGCGGGUUUUAUAUACGAAACGAACGGCAAUGCCUUCGCUAUGUUAUGCUGAUAAAAUGCUUAUAUGAACUCAUCAGGACCUAUGGCUAUAUAUCCAUUCAUUUAAAGAACGAGAAAUCGUUAUAAAACUGUAUUCCUCUUAGAGUGAAACUAUUUACCAUACAUAAAAGUUUUAUAUAUGCAGACCCACUAGUGCUACGUCCCAUACAAAAUUAAAAUGUUAUAUAUCACUGUGAUAUAUGUAAUUUUUUGAUAAAAUGAUAUAUAUAUUGUAUCAAUACUGAAUUUAGCUCAAAAUUGAAAGAAUAUAAUAAUUAAGUACUUGCGUCUUAUGAAGAGUAUAAGAAUUAAGUAUGACUCAGUUUAAUUAUAACCUAAAAUCUCAUAAUUUUGGCGUUCCUCUCAAAAUUACUUUGUCUUAGCUUUAUUUUGUAGUUUACACAGUUAGCAACAUUUUAGUUACAUGUACCUGGCGGUUGAGAAACACAAAAUAAUAAUAGUUAAAUUGUGUCAAUUUAAAUACAAUUAUCAUUGAUGCUGUAAAAUUAACGCCAUAUUUAUACGGCAACAAUAUAAGCAAAAAACUUAAUCUACUUCAGACAUCAUUUCCCUUUUGGUGUACCAUCUAAAAUCUCUUCAUUUUAGGCUUUUAGCAUAAUUUUACAGAUAAAGCACUAGAGAUACUUUUUAAGUUGGUUUGCCGCUUGAGAAACGUGUAAAAACGUGGAAAAAUAAAAACUAUUGAAUAUAGUCAUAACCAAAUGGAAAGUAUAUUCAUAUAUUUAGUAACAUGGAAUUCUUUUCCACCAUAUACAUGGAAUUCUUUUCCACCAUAUAUUACAGCUAAAACCACCAUUUCUCCUCUUUCAAGAAUCAAUUAUGCAUUUUCCUACUUGAAAAUUAUAAUAUCGCAUAGACGUCGAAAUCGACAUGUUUUAGUUAACUUGUAUAUUAUGUAGUAAUGUAUGUGUGUUUUGAACUUGUGCAAAGAUAUGAUCUUAUUCUGAGUUAUCACAGUGAACUAGGGGGCCUCGUGACGACUGUCACUAGGCCUCCUCUUCACUCAAUUUAUUUAUUACAAAAUUAUUUUAACAAAUGAGAUGGCCUCUUAAUAUAAGCCUUUUAGCUUCUUGAGGUCUUCUCGCUACUGCUCAACUUUGAUACUCAAACUACAAUUAAUGUAAAUAUCUACGUUCUUGUUGUGUUGUGGCAAAUAAAUGAUGAUAAACAGCAUACAAAAUAUUCUCCUUUUAAUAAUUAUACUUUGUAGCCGGCUUAAAUUUCAUGCAACAUACAGCUUAAUUUAUAGUCCGCUACCACAACGCUUUUUAUUACUCCCGAGCACCUAGUUUCCACUAGCCUGCGAACAGGCUCUUUGAAUUGAAUAAAUUUCAAAGAGAGUUCAAAGAGAGCCUGUUCGCAGGCUAAGUUUCCACCACAGAAUAACGCAUUUUCUAUUUCAUUUUCUAGCUCAGAAACACCUCGCCGACUUACAGAAACGCCUCGACACAACAGAACGUACCAUGCAUCUCGUGAUGAAACAAAUGGAGGCGGUCACAAAAUGUCUGGCGCGCACCCUGGAAAACGAUCCCGCCGGGGACGCCACUGAAAUUAAUGACGGCCUCAAAGUAAUGAAGGAAAGUAACGUUUAGGUAGAAGGCAAGAAAUUUGCAACAUUUUGGUUUUGUAGUUUUAGAAUUUUAUAUCAGGCUUAGUACGGUUAUAUAUAAUAAUUGAACCUUUUCAUGCACUAACGAACACGCUAAAUAACAUUGGCAAUAAAAUUUAGGUUGGUAAGCAAAAAUUAGUGAAAGACUGAAAGUAUAUCCGUGUAUUAAAACGUAUAACCAUUUGCAGAAUUACUGAAUUACUUAUUUACAACAUUUCGCAACCAAACUUUGCAAUUUUACUAUUUUUAACAUGCUCUUUCUAACUGUGGUGAUGGAUUUUGUUGUUUUUGUCUAGAUCAAAAUUUAGUUAUCAGCUGGAAGCAGCUGCUAUUAAAUUUUAUACGCAUAUAUUUAUAGGGUCUUAAAUUAAAAUUCAUGAAUUUUAAACCCAAAUGAGAUGCAGUUUCAAUACUUUUGGCCAGUUUCUCACAUAAUGAUACAAAAAAGAUAUCAAUGGACAGCUAAAAGCCUGGAUUUUCUCGCUGUGUAAAAAUGUUAUCGAUAAACGCGGUAUCUUACGCACGCGAUUGUGCUAAAUUUAGAUAACCUUUUUUAUAAAUACUGUAUAAUGUACUUUUUUCAGUAAUUUGCAAAUGGUCUACGCAAUGUUGGAUUAGAAAUAGAGGGUGUCCCGAAAAAACUACUUUACCUUUUGAAACCAAGCCUUUGUUAUAAUUUGAAUGCCUGCGUUCCAUACUGAAUCCAUCGGCGCGUCAACACAAUUAGCCUUUCUCACGAUGACGAAUAUCCGCCAUUUUUGGGUGGCAUCCAAUGCUCGUUAACCAAUGCAGACAAUUAAAACAAUGUGAAAAGCAAUUUUUCAAAAUAAACUAACCAUUUACAAAGCAAAUUUACCAUCAUUCGUCCAAAAAAUUACAAAAAGUCGCUGUUAUAUGUGGACUACUUAUCUCGCAGACUUUGGCUGAAAUGCCACCCAAAAAUGGCGGCGUGAGAAUGGCUAAUUGAAUCGAAUUUUAUGCAUGGCAGUUAUUUCUAUGUUGAACAUAUGAAUGAUGCAUGUGCUGAUUAAUUUAACGCAGCGCGCAAAACAGUAAAAACUCUUUGCUCCAUGGUUAGUUGACCAUUUUUGCUCGAGCUGUCGGUGUGACUGUAUGAUAUGACUAGUCACUCUCCUUUUAUAAAAUUAGAAGCUAUUUUAAAUUACCAGGAGAUGAAAAUCUUGUACUUAACAAGAAUAUAGAGUUAUUUAGUAAGUUCUCGUUUUUCAAUACACCCUGUAUUUGACGCUUCCGCAUGCAGGAUUCAGCAUAUGCUCAUGGCAUUCAAAUUAUUACAAUAGGAAAAUUUCGAAAGGUAUACUUUUUUGGGACAUCCUGUAUCGCUGUAAUUCACACAACACAAUAGCGAGUUUACGCUUGUCAGGACGACGGCUAUCAAGACAAAGUCAUCAAUCCUGUAGCACAAAAGAAACGAAUAAUUAAAAGUAUACCUAGAGUUUCAGACGUCAUCCAGGUUCUGUUCACAACGGCAAAAAGCAUAUUUUCACCUCUCUAUAGUGCGCUAGGAUUUCAAGUCGUGAUAGGUAUAUUUUCCUAUACCAGAGUUGAUCAAAAUUCCACUGAAAAUUAAAGCUCUGCUUUUACUUGUUCGAACUGUAUUAAAUUCAUACGAAAGUAAACACAUGAGUUCGUUUCGCCGUCUUACAAGCCUAAACUUCUAUUUCAAAUUCACCAACAAAGUUUACUGUAGAUAGCAUUUCUAAAUUAUUUAUUACUGUUUCCUAUUUAUUGGUUGUAUUAAAUUAUUCUAUUAAACACUUCAAAAUUUCUCAAAAAUAUUUCGCCAUUUUUGGUAUAACUAUUUGAAAAAUUAAACAAUUGAC